CAAGAACUAUUUAAUAUAAAAUAUACACUCAUUUUUGUCACUUUUAAUUUCCAAGCUUAUGAUUUUCGUGGAGAGCAGUAUACAUGCUGGGGAAGUAAGAGUUCAUAUUCAAUUAUAACACAAUAAUUCAGUUAUUAUUUGUUAUAUAUGUACUCAAUUUUAAGUAUGAAUUUACAUUCUUCUGUAAUGUGCCAAGUGUGCUAGUAAGCAACAAAGGUAAUCAAUGUCAUGCAUGUUUUAUAUGAUCUCAAAUUUCACUUAUUUCUUUCUCUGGUCAGAGUUGUGGCCUAUCUUUCCCGUGUGCUUGAGGCUGCUUUCACAGCUCUAGAAGGUCUUAACAAACAAGCCUUCCUGACUGAAUUGGGAAAUCGCUUGCACAAGGGGCUGCUUAAUCAUUGGCAAAAGUUCACUUUUAACCCAAGCGGAGGACUACGGCUGAAACGUGAUAUAACAGAAUACGGGGAAUUUGUUCGUGGUUUUAAUGCUCCUUCAGUUGAUGAGAAAUUCGAGUUGCUCGGCAUCAUGGCCAAUGUCUUCAUUGUGGCCCCUGAAAGCCUGUCGACUCUUUUUGAGGGAACUCCAAGUAUUCGGAAAGAUGCACAAACGUUUAUUCAGCUCAGAGAGGACUACAAGAGUGCAAAGCUGGCAGCUCGACUCAGCUCCUUGUGGGCUGGCUCUAGUUAAAGCACAAAUUGCAUGCUGAAGAAGAUAGGAUUCAAGAAUUCAGUAGUUGAUCAUGACAAGGUGUUAAACUAGCCUGCUUCUUACGCAAUACCUUGUCAGGAGCAGAAAUGCAGCUACUUGAAUUGCAAGCUCAGCAUUGGAAAUUCUAACAGCUUGUCACUUCCUCUGUUUUCCUCUCUAGAUAGUUUUUUCUAAUAUAAAAAAAAAAACUUCCUUGCUAUUCUAGGAGUUGGUUCAUGAGAAUUUCAGUAAAGGACUUGCUUAUUUGCUGUGUGCUUUUGUUUUUCUUGCAAUAUGAUUUAUACAAGUGAAGUUCAUGUCCGGGAUUACAUCUGUAUGAAUUGAUUAUGAGCAAUACAUUCUGGAUGGUAUAUAUUUGCAUACUUGUGCUAGAUUUUUCAAUCGACCAUCCCGAACUUGGACGAAACCUUCUAUAGUGACAAUAAUGUUAUUCCAUA